AUGGCGAUGGCGUGCAGGGGCGGCCUGGCGGCGGCGGGGGACACGGGGAGCCCGGGCGCGCGUCUGGCGGCGGCGGGGGAGGAGGAGGCGGGGGCGGGGAAGGUGAAGCUGCUGUGCAGCUACGGGGGGCGGAUCGCGCCGAGGUCGGGGGACGGGGCGCUGCGCUACGUGGGCGGCCAGAUGCGCCUCAUCUCCGUGCCCCGCGCCGCCUCCUUCGGGGACCUCGUGCGCAAGGUCGAGGCCGUCGACGAGUCCGCCGCCGCCGGACCCGCCGGCGGCGGGGGGAUGCUCGUCAAGUACCAGCUCCCCGGGGAGGACCUGGACUCGCUCGUCUCGGUGUCCUGCGCCGAGGACUACGACAACAUGCUGGAGGAGUACGAGAAGCUGGCCGCCGCCGCGCCCGACGGCUCCGCCAAGCUGCGGGUCUUCCUCUUCCCGGCCUCCGGGGCCGAGCCGUCCGCCUCCGGCUCCGGCUCGCACCUCCCCGCCGCCGCCGCCGUCGACGAGGCCGGGCAGCGCUACAUCGACGCCAUCAACUGCGUCUCCGCGGACGCCGUCCGCCGCAGGGAGAGCGUCGCCAGCGGCGGCUCCUCCGAGGCCUCCGAGCCCGCCGGCCUCGCCGAAGGUAUGUCGCCGCGGGCCGUGCCGCCCCCUUCCGUCCCGCCUGAAUAUUUGUAUUCGGCCGGGAGCCACACCAACCAUGCUACUAGUCCCUUUCCCCAGUCACUAGGAUUUUGUGCUGUCGCCGCGUCAGCUCCGGCAAUGGGCAUUCCGGCACACAACCCCGUGUUGCUUAGGCCGGAGCCACAACCGCUGCAGCCUCAUCAGGUCGCCUCCUAUGCGCCGCCGCAUCAACCGGCUCCAGUUGCCUCUUAUGCACAGCAUCAGCAGCCGGCUCAACAGGUUGCCUCUUACGCGCCGCCACUGCAGCCUCAGGUUGCCUCCUCUUAUGCGCCGCCGCCGCCGCAGCCUCAAGUUGCUUCUUAUGCGCCGCCGCAGCAGCUGCCUCAGCAAUUUGGUCUGCAUGGUGUAUCUCAAUCCGCUAAUCUGAUGCAUGCGCACAUGAGCCAGUAUGUGCCCAGUACUCUGGGAACAAACUCCAUGGCGACCACGGGUGCCCAAAUUGGUGCUUUGAGGCCUGUUUCUGCAGGUACAGAACGUGUUCUGGAGAAUCUUCAUUUCUCACGGCCAAUGCAAACUCCAGUUGAUCCGAAUUGCAGGGUGCUGCAGCCACUUUCAGAGCUUCCUCCUCUGCCUCAUACGACUUUGCAGGCAAGUGAUGCUCAGAGGUAUGGCGUCCAGACGGUACUCACAAGCACAGCAAGCUCACCAGUGAUAACGAGCUCAAGGGCAUUCCCAGUGGUGGUGAGCUCGGCUACCGUGCCAACACUGAGGUACGAUGAUUGCACGAUGUGCCAGAAAAUACUGCCGCAUGCCCAUUCGGAUAACAUGAUACAGGAACAGGGAAAUCCUGGCGCAGUGAAUUAUCCUGAUGCUAGUCCAGUGUUUUACAGCAUCCAUCAAGAGAAUGCAACCAAACAACAGGUUCCAGCUGCAAUUCCAGUAUCACCUGCUAAUUACAUAGCAGAACCAAGAGCCGAGAGCACAGCAGGGAUGGCCCAGUUUGAUCCAAAACUUUCUGCUAGACAUCCUGCAGUUCAAGCAGCACCAUCUCAAGAUGCAGGAACGUUGGUUCAACCAACCAUGGUUACUGUACCUGUUUCCAGUAUACCUACUUCAAAUGGAGUUUUUGUAGGGCAGCCUCCACACACGCUUGCUGAAGAUUUUCUCAUGUAUCAACGUCAGCAGCAACACCCUUACAGUAUGCAAACAACUCAAGUCCUGGCAAAUGGAGUCAGUAGCAAUCCACAAGGGAUUGAUGCAUUUAAGAAUUCAAAUCAUCCAGUAGCAGAACCAAUUGGAGAAUAUGCCCAUGAUGUUCCUCAUGAUUAUGUCAGAGCUAUCGAUGCUCGGAUGCAAGGAAUUCAGUUAGGUCCUAUUGCUCCUCCAGAAUCUAUUGUGCAAGGGAACUCGGCUAUUCCCCAUGGUGCUGUUGGCGAUGGGAUAGUUGAGAAGCCACCUGUUAUUAUUGAUGGCAGUCCCAUAUACAAAUCUCAAGCUGGAGGUUAUCACAUGGGCACUAGCAAUGCUUUUCCUGUUCCUUCUUUUAUCCUAGAGGACAAUGUUGUGAGACAUACUGAACAGCCACCUCCCUCUCGAAAUGUUGGUGCCAACAAUGUCUAUCCUGAGAUUGUCCAGCAGCCAAGUAUGUUACUCAAGAACAACCUUGGUUUGCCCAUUGAACAUCCUGUUCCGAGCGAAAGAUUUCUUUUGAGGCCUGCUUACUCUGGUGUUCAGUCUCCUGCUGGACCUCCUGCACAUCAUCCCGGGGAAAUGCUGAAUGGCAUGGUUUCCGCUCCCUAUAAUGUUAGUAGUCAAGUUGUAUUGCAGGCUGCUGCUAGUACUGAUUGUGUCGAAGCUACACAUGAACCAGCUUACACAGAAUCUCUUUUCUCAAACCAGGAUCCUUGGAAAGCAAUUGGAAAUGCUUCGGCAGUACCUCCAACAUCAAACAUGUUGGCUAAGGAACAUGUUCUUUCUGGAGAUCCAUAUGUGGAUGGCCAUAUUCCUGCAAUUACAAGUUCGAAUGCUGCUAUGCUAUUAGAAGAAGGCAAUCUUCCACUCAUUCAUGACCCUACUUUCAAGGAUAUAUACCCAGAACCUGCUCAAAUAAGCAAAGGAUAUGGAGAAGAAAUUGUCAAACGGCAAUUACAAGCUGUCGCGGAAGGUGUGGCAGCAUCUGUUCUGCAGUCACCAUUUCCUGAAAAACCAACUGAAUUUUCUGGGGAUCACAAAGAUUUGCCUGGAGAUGUAGUUGAUCCAAAAAAUGAGGAUGCGCCGAGCAAACAGUCAGACAAAACAAGCCAAGGAGUUCCAGUUCUAGAUGACAUCGAUAACCUUCAGAUAAUAAAGAACAGUGAUCUUGAAGAAUUGCGUGAACUAGGUUCUGGAACCUUUGGUACUGUUUACCAUGGAAAAUGGAGAGGUUCUGAUGUCGCUAUAAAAAGGAUAAGCGAUCGAUGUUUUGUUGGGAAACCUUCUGAGGAACAGCGCAUGAAAACCGAUUUCUGGAAUGAAGCUUGCAAGCUUUCAUCGUUGCACCAUCCAAAUGUCGUUGCUUUUUACGGUGUUGUUCUGGAUGGACCAGGUGGAUCUGUUGCAACAGUCACCGAGUACAUGGCUAAUGGUUCGCUUCGACAAGCAUUACAAAGACAUGAAAAGAUAUUCGACAGGCGUAGGCGUCUACUAAUUGUGAUGGAUGUUGCAUUUGGUAUGGAAUAUUUGCACGGGAGGAACAUUGUGCACUUCGACUUGAAGAGUGAUAAUCUGCUCGUCAAUCUAAGAGAUCCCCAACGCCCUAUAUGCAAGGUCGGUGAUUUGGGCUUAUCAAAGGUUAAAUGCCAGACACUGAUCUCUGGUGGAGUGCGAGGGACACUUCCCUGGAUGGCUCCUGAGCUGUUAAAUGGCAGCAGUAACCUUGUUUCUGAAAAGGUUGACGUCUUCUCAUUCGGAAUCGUGAUGUGGGAGCUGCUUACCGGUGAAGAGCCUUACGCCGACCUGCAUUACGGCGCCAUCAUAGGUGGGAUCGUGAACAACACCCUGCGGCCUCUGGUGCCCGAGUCGUGCGACCCCCAGUGGAGAUCGCUGAUGGAGCAGUGCUGGUUGGCCGAGCCGACGGAGCGGCCGAGCUUCACGGAGGUCGUCAAGAGGCUACGGGCCAUGGCGACCUCCCCCACCAAGGCGCCGCCGCAGAAGUAG